AUGUCGCCGGUAUCUAGUGUCACGAUCCUAUAUGGCAGUGAGACGGGCAAUGCCCAGGACUACGCGUACUAUCUUGCACGCAGACUCAGCUACUUCUCGCUAAAUCCAACGGUGUCGUCCUUAAAUGACUACCCGUUGAAGAAUUUGGUCACAGAAACGCGCUUCUUGAUCGUGGUGUGUUCCACCACAGGCCAGGGCGAGGUGCCCAGAAACGGCAAGAAGUUCUUGAAGUUCUUGCUCAAGAAAAAGCUCCCGCACGAUCUCUUGAACCACGUGAGCAUGACGUCCUUCGGCGUGGGCGACUCGCUGUACCCGAAAUUCAACCACGCCAUCAAAAAACUACACACUCGCUUGCUUCAACUUGGCUGUUCGGAACUCUGUCCCAGAUGCGAAAGUGACGAGAUGUCGCCGGAGGGCGUUGACGGUUUUUACAGUGAGUGGGUCGCCACGUUGAUCCCGGCGCUUUGCCGCCAUUUCCCGGACCUAGCACAGAUUGAUGACCAUACCCUUCUUCCGCCCACUAUGCCCGUCGAGGUGAGUGCCGGAAAACCCGCCGUGAUCUCGGAAACUACCAAUCUCAGUUUGACGCGCACGUCCCCCGAGUUGAAGAUCGGCACGCUUGUCAGCAACCGCCGUGUGACCGCCCCGGGCCAUUUCCAGGACGUCAGGCACUUGGUCAUUGAGUGCGAUACGGCGGAUUUGACCUAUGUGCCUGGCGACACUUUGGCAUUGUACCCGCAAAACGACACGCGCAGCGUUCAGCUCCUUCUCGAGCUGCAACCGCAUUGGCUUGAAAUUGCAGAUAAGCCGCUCCACAUUGCCAAGCCCCCGGCACUUGAAGGCGGCUUGAUCGGCCUCGAGCACCUCACUUUGCGCUCGCUCAUCACAUACCACUUAGACAUUCUGUCGAUUCCUCGCCGCUCCUUCUUUGCCGUGCUCUUUCAUUUCGUAGACGGCCUGACAGAAAUGGGCCAGCGAGAGAGAGAAAAGCUCGAGGAGUUCACAAAAUUAGACGAGAGCGAGGAGCUCUACAACUACGCGAAUCGGCCCAGACGGCUGAUCUUGGAAACCAUCCAGGAGUUCCAGGACAACUUGAAGAUUCCGGUCGAGUACGUGCUCGAUCUAUUCCCAUUGAUCAAAGUCCGCCUUUUCCUGAUUGCCUCGCGGCCGUCGCCCAAACUGGUCGAGUUGAUCAUAGGAAUUGUCGAGUAUCGAACCAUGCUCAGACGUAUCCGCAAAGGGCUAUGCACUAAAUGGAUCAAGGGAGCCGACGUGGGGGAGAAACUCGUGUUUUCGAUCCACAAGUCGAACCUCAAGUUCCAAACACCCGAAGACUUCCUGCCUCCUGUGUUGAUGGUGGCCCCUGGUACGGGCAUUGCCCCCAUGAAACUGUUGAUCGAACAUACUGCGGGACAACAAGAUUUACAUCUUUUCUACGGAUUCAGAGACUCCACCAAAGACUGCUUGUUUUCCGAAACAUGGGCUGAAUUGGAGAAAAAGGGUCAAUUAUCCCUCUACUAUGCGAUUUCAAGAGAGGCAGGUUUUCCACACAAGUAUGUGCAAGAUCGCUUGUUCGCAGAAAAAGAUACCGUUUCACGCCUUCUCCUAAAAGAAAACGCCAUAUUCUUCCUCUGCGGAUCCAGCGGGAAAAUGCCCACCCAAGUGCGUUUGACCUUAGUGGAGAUACUUCGUCCCCACGUGGAAAACCCAGAGCAGUUCUUGAUUGAUAUGGAGAAUGAAGGCAGAUACAUCCAGGAGACGUGGUGA